AUGGGUGCUCAAUUUGAUGCAACUGUAACAGCUGUCUUGGGAGUUGUGAUUGCUGUUCUUUGGUCCUUUGCAGGUUUGGCCUCCUCUGUUGCCUAUAACUUACACCACUCGGACCAUGAAUUACAUCCUAAUGGGAAUAUAAUUAAUGCUUGUUUCUUAUUCGUUGGCGUCUUUUGGUCACAGAUACUGCGUCAAAUCUAUCCGAAAUUCCAUUUUUUUUCGUUACAGUUCAUGAUCAUCCAGAUCUUUACUAUGACACGUGGCCUUCAUUACGUCGUCAUCCCCUUCAAGUUACCCUUAAAUUAUGGUAUCCCCUUGCUUAUAGGACAUGCAAUCUCACUUUUAGUCAACUUGCUUAUUUGGCCAGAGACGGCUGUAGAUGGUUUAGGUAGAGCCCUUAGAGAAACUAUCACAAGUAGUCAAGAUAUGCUUCAUUUAAUCACAAAGCAAUUUUUUCUUGAUCCUAAUUCUGAUUCUGUACCUGAAUCAGUCGUCAAUGAAGCUGCUUCCAAGAUGCGAGUGGGCAUGACAAAGGUGAAAACAGCUUAUCAUGAAGCAAAAUAUGAAAUUUCUUAUGCCUAUGUUCAUCCUCAACAGUUGAGUCAGAUUCAGAAAUCCCUUGAUCGACUGACGAAACAUUUGAAUAUCCUUGGGAGUUGUUUAAAGAUAGAGCGUGAAUUAUUUGAGAGUGCAAUUGAAGUAUUACAAGCAGAGAUGAAGGAUUAUCCCGAUAUGACAGAUGAAGAUGAUACAUCAUCCUAUGUAAGCGGUAGGGCUUCAUUCUCACAACGCCAUAGUUAUGAUAUGAGUGAUAAUGAGGAAACACAUCGUUCUUCUUUGAGUCGUCCAUCCUAUAGCGAAGAAGACCUCAAUUUACUGCGUAAUGCAUUACGUGCUACAAACGAUUUUAUGAAUAAUAAUAAUAAUAAUAGUAGUAGUAGUAAUAAUAAUAAUAGUAAUAAUAAACAUACCAAUUCAUAUUUAAGUGCUAAUAACAUUAGUGCAUAUUCCUCUCGAACUACCUCAAGAGCCAGCUCUCGUCCUGGUUCUACUCAUAAUUCUGAUGAUGAUCGUGUUGAAGGGGAAGAAGAGGAUUACACUGAACACAAUCAGAAAUCGGUCAGUUCCUUUAAAUCAUUUUUGAAUUUACCAAGACUAUCCAUACCAAAGCCUAAGCCUCCUAAGAAAUCAAAAAAGCAAACAGAGUAUCAUCAUCGACAUCUUCUCCUUACCUAUUUAGAGGGUCUACGUGAUCCCCUGAUGGACCUCUCUCUGGAUUGUUCGACUGUUUUGGAAUGUAUCUGUGAUAGUAUUGCAAAUGAAUUCGAUAUGGAUCCUGAUGAUGACGAUUCGAUUCGACAAACCUGGAAAUCCUUCUUGCAGCAUACAUUUCGAAUAGGCAAUCAAAGGGAUAUCCGUAAUGAAGAAAGUAUCAAACGAUCUGUAAAGCGACAUAAAGGGAAUGAAAAAUGUAACUGCUCUCAGAAUAUCCGUUUAGCUAUUACUCAUUUUGAUAACUCGGAAAGAGAUCGAAUGCAUGCAUUGUAUGAGAUCAAGAAGGCGCAGUCUGGUCUUAAUAACACAUUAGACUUGGGAAUGCGCCAGGAACUCUUUUUGGUCUUUUUCUUUAUCUUUACAAUGCGUGAAGUCGCGACUGAACUUCAGGAAAUGGCGAUUCAAAUGGAUGAAUUACGUUUGAAUUCACGAAAGGGCAGUUUAGUUGGAAAGAGAAGGAAGCAUUUUUAUUUUCCUAUAUUUAAACAAAAGAAAUGGCAGAAAUGGGCAAGAGGCAGUAAUCAUCAAAGUACGCGUGAUAAGGGGGGUUAUACUUCUGCUGUAUUGACAUCUCAUAUACCAAAAGAUGAACCAACGAAAAAUGAAGUAAAAGAUGAAUAUAAUCAACUUCAAAGAAUUCAAACUAAUAAUAGUCUGAAGCGAACUUUAAGUCACCGUUCCUCUUUAGCUAAAAAGUUACCCCGUAUAAAUAUAUCAGAAAAGGCCAUUGCAGAAGAAGCAGAGGACAAUAACUCUUCUCCCAUUUUAGUAAAUUAUCGUAGACAAAAAUCACCAUACCUUCGCAGAAAAGAUGAAUCAUUAUCGCCUCCAUCACUAUCAUUAAAUAAAAAUAAUGAACAAAAUAAAAAAAAAACAGAUGAAGACUCUGAAUUAACAGCACAACAAAAGAGAGAAGAAAAGAUCAAGACGCCAAUCAUGUUACAUAUUCGAUAUGGAAUUUGGCUUCGUCUUCAAUACCUUCGUCGAUAUGAAUUUAAAUUUGCACUAAAGAUGGCUAUUGCUGUGUUGCUAUUAUGUCUCCCAGCUUUUAUACCAGAGUCAUCAAGUUGGUAUUAUAAUGUAAGAGGACAAUGGGCUGCUUUAACGGUUAUUGCUAUUAUGAAUCCAACAAGUGGUGGUACUUUACAAGCCAGUAUUUGGCGUAUUGUAGGCACAUUGGUAGGUGCAUUUGUAGGCUGGGCAGCUUUGGAAGCAGGAGGAGGUAGUCCAUAUCUUUUGGGUCUUUUUGCUGUUUUACUUGCUAUUCCAUUCUUUUAUAUUCAUUUAGGAAGCACUUAUAAUAAAGUAGGUAUUGUAACUUUGGUUACUUAUAUGGUUGUUGCGUUGAGUAGAUACGCAUUUCCUACUCCAGGAGAAACCUUUGCAGCUACUGUAUGUUUGGUUUGGCCAUUUGUUGCUCGAAAUAUGGUUCGUAAAUCACUUGCAAGCUGUUUAAUUCAAUUGGAGGACUAUUAUACCUAUGUUAUAGGCACCUUCCUAUAUCAUAAUCCUUAUACAUUACCUAAUGAUGAAGAAAUAACAAAAAGUAUAAAAUUGGAAAAUAGAAUCCAAUCAGCCAUUGAUACAUGCUCAGUUCUAUUAGAGCUUACAGAUCAUGAACCCCGUUUUCGAGGUCCCUUUCCAAAAUUGUUCUACAAGGAAAUGAUUGUAUCUGUAAGAAAUAUCCUAGACCGCUUAUUGAGUAUUCGAACUGCCUUACUUCAAAUGCCACUUGAAGUAAAACGUGAUAUUUGUGAAAAAGCAUAUCACGCAGAUAGAAGAGAUUUGACUGCUUCGAUUUUACUUAGUUUUCAUUUAUUGGCAUCUUCUUUAAGAUCCAAAACUCCUUUACCGAUUUAUAUGCCUUCUGCACGAACGAUUCGAAUGAAACUACUUGAAAGUCGUCGUGCAAACCAGCAGAAGGUAAACUGGACUCGAUUUCGUAAUCUUACAUGGUUUGCUAUGGCCUGUUCCACGGGAGAAAUAAUUGAUGAAUUAGAGUAUCUUUCUAAAUUGGUUCGAUACAUUGUUGGUGAAAGUGAUUAUGCAGAGCUUGUAAAAAAAAUAGAUGAUUUUGAAAAUUAUCCUUAA